AUGCUGGAGACGCGCCGUGGCCGGCAUGGCAUGUCGGCCAAAGGACACCGUCCUCCCCGAACGUCUGUCACGGUGCCCGUGAUGGCUCCUGGCUCCUUCAAGUCUGCUUCUGCUGUGCAAAGCUGCCUCGUGAAGGCAAGGCACUUCAUGGUCUCAGCAAGUCCGGGAUCCAGGAGGCCGGGGGCCGGACGGGAUGAGCUGGAGGGACAGGGAUGCCAGGAAGUCACGCAGACCUUGCGGGGUCACGCUGCUGGCCGACCUUCCAUCUCUAAGGUCAUCGAGAGCGGGUGGUCAGGCCCUGCAGCUCCAGAGGCUGCGGUUCGGGCCUAG